AUGAAUGUCCUUCUGGGUACUUUGGAUUUAAUAAAUUGUGUAACCAUUGUGAUAUCACAUGUUUAACAUGCUUUGGUGAAGACGCAAUUAACUGUUUGAGUUGUAACAAUAAUCUAAUAUUGUGGAAGAAUAAAUGCAUUCCAACUUGUUUGGGUAAUACAUAUCAUGAUGUUUUAACCAAUGAAUGCAAGUAUUGUAACAAUGAAUGUCUUGCUUGCAAUGGACCAAAUAGUAAUAAUUGUUUAGUUUGUCCUCAAAAUAAGUUAUUAACUAUGUAAGGUAAUUGUGCAAAUGAAUGUCCUAGUGAUUAAUAUCCAGUUAUCUCUGAAAAUAAAUGCUAUCGCUGUCAUUCAUCCUGUUUAACUUGCUUUGGCGCAUCAAAUUAGAAUUGUUUAACUUGUUCAUAAUAUUUUUAUCUUUUUGAAUGUGUGAGUGAUUGUCCCGAAGGAUUUUCAAUAAGCAAAAAUCAUUUAUCUUGUGAACCAGACUUUGAUAUAGUACUUGAUAGCUGCUCAUACUAAUGUCAAACAUGUUGGUUAGUUCCUCGAUUUUGUAAAUAAUGCGCUGCCAAUCGUGCUCCUAAUGCACCUAAUUGCGAUUGUGAACCAGGUUAUUUUGAUGAUGGUGUAAACCCAGCUUGUGUACAAUGUGAUAAUAAAUGUUCUACUUGCAAGGGUCUGCCAACUAAUUGUAUCAAAUGUAAAGGAGAUAGAUAAUACCCAUCAUGCACAUGUCCAGAUUAUUAUUUUGACGAUGGCUAAUCUGUUAAUUGUAUUAGGUGUUAAGAUAAUUGCUAAAAUUGCGAUAAAGAUGGCUGCACUAUUUGUUUAGCUGAUCGUAUUAACUUACCAGAUUGUAUUUGUAAAGAUGGUUAUUACGAUGCCUAUUCAUAUUUCUGUUAGCAAUGCUCCAAAAGGUGUGCUACUUGCGAAGGAACAUCUAAUUUAUGCAACACUUGCUCAUCUAUAAGAGUUGAGCCCCCUAUUUGUAAAUGUCCUUUGGGAUAUUUUGAGAAUUCAGAUAUUGAGUGUUAAUCAUGUGACCCAACUUGUAUCGAUUGUAACUAAUACGGGUGUCUUUCCUGCUUUGGAAAUAGAAUUGGACCUAUUUUUGGAGAAUGUAAAUGUGAUACUUUAGGAAUAAGUAGAUAUAACAUUGGAUCAGUCUUUUGCACUGAUUGUUAAGUUGGAGUUCCUUACUUUGCUUUGAAUGAGGAAUUUACUGGAUUUACUUUUGAUUUUGGAGGAGCAGUGAUAUAUAUUCCUUAUGAAGCUGCUUCGCUUUGUGAAGCAUUCUUCCAACCUGAAACAUUAAUAAAAUUGGGAACCAAUCCUCGUUGCGAUUUAGAGUUCAAUGUUUAUUUUGGUGAAAAUCCUAAUAUUAAAGUUGGAGACAUUCUAAAAUUAAACAAUUAAUUUUUAUUAAAUGGAUGUUAAAUCAAAUUUAUUUAAAUUAUCCCUAUGCCCUUAUCAAUACCAAUUACGAUUGAUAAAACAACACACAAACCAAAUUUACAAUUCAAGGAUUUGAAAAAUCCCAAUAUUUGUGAAGUAGUCAAAAUAGAGUUUGAUUCCUUAGCCUUUAAUGGAAAAUAAGAUUUCAAUAUAAUAUCUUGGAAUCUCAUCUUACCUCCACCUCCUGUCCCAGACAUUGAAGCCAUUCUUUUAACUCAUACUUAAAAUAAAACGCCAUAUCUAGAAUUCCCACCUAAAGCGUUUUAAAGUGGAAUCACUUACAAAUUCAGUGUAACAGUAGAGAGUUUUGCAUUACUUUAGAAUACUAUAGAUUUUCAAUUUCAAGCGAUUCAAAGAUCUUCUGUCAAUUUAGUAUCUGUUUCAACUUCCAAUUAAUUUAACAGAUUCAAUAAUAUCAUAAUUCCAAAUCGGCUGACUUAUAUUAAUUGUGUUGAGAAAAAUCCCCCUCCUCAAAUAGUAUUUUAUGAAGUUUAUUUUCCCAAUCUAAGGAUGAUAGUAGUCAAGGGUAAUUUGACUGAAAAUCUCACAGAUGGUUAUCAAUAUGAUAUUCCAGUUACUUUUGAACCAUACUUCCUUAAUUUCAAUAAUCCUUUCCUUCUUAUUUACAAUACUGUUUUAAGUAGAGCUGAUUACACAGUGAAUAGCUCAAAUAGAUUUGAAUUUUAUAUUGUCCCAUCAAGUCCUAUUAUCGCUAUAGCGGGAGGCAAUAGAAUGAUUGGAUUCUCUGAUCCUUUAUAUCUAAAUGCCACUAUUACUGACCAUGAUCUAAAUGAACAGGAAGCUAAGGCGAUGGUAUAUGAAUGUUCAUGGACAUGUGUCGAUAUCGUAAAUGGUACAUCUUGUUAGAAUAAAGAUGGCAGACCUUUGGAAUUUAAUACAAGUUGCUUAUAAUAUAUGAAACCAAAAACGUUCAAUCCGUAUACAGUCUCCAAUUUUGAGGUUAGCAUUAUUAAAUAGGACAGUAAAUUUUCUACAACAGUGUCUAUCUAAUUUAUAGAAAUAGAUCUUCCAAGUUUAAUUGUAUAUGGUUCAACUUAGGAUCAAUUGUAUAAUUAUUAUGAUGAACUUAUAUUCACUGUCCAAUACCCUGGAGUGAAUCCAGACUUAUUGAUGUAUGCAGGAGCUGUAAUCUAUGAUUAAUACGUUGUUGAUACGUUUGAAUUUUUUUAUCUACAAUUCAAAUAUAGGGAGUAAGACCACUUCACUGAUUUAGGAUUAGACAAAAAUAACUCAGUAAAACUUAGAAUAUCAGUCUAUGAUCCUCGAUUUAUACUACCAUCAAUCAAUAGUUAAGUAUUAAAUCUGAAUAUCCCUCCUUAAAAUUGCUCAUUAUCAUAUUAAUUUCCUGAAACUUAUGUGGAAUUCUUAGACGAAUUGAAUAUCUCAUUAACUGGUUGUCGAGAUGAUAAUACCCCUCUUUUGUACGGCGUAUAACUCUUUCCUAAUCAAUCCACCUACCAAGAAGAAUUGAUUACGGCUAAAUUCCAUAAUUUUGUUUUGCUCAUCGACUUUUAAUAUUCAAAUCAUUUUAAGUUGAUUUUACCAUACUAUUAUGAGGCCUAGCCCUUACUAGUAUUUAAUAUUAAAGAUAAAAAAUAAGGCAUAGUUAAUUUGACAUUAUCCGUCAAUGUAAGAGAGUUCAAAAGCAUAGAUGAGAGUACAUUCAAAGAAUAUUAUUCUAAACUUAAAAGUUUUGAUGAGUAGUUAAUUGGCUAUGUCCAUAUUACUGAGAGAUUGAAGUAACUCAGAUCAUUCACUUAAUAUAAGGAAACCUUAUACAAUGAAUUACUUUCAAUUGACGUUAAUUAAACACUCUUGGCCAAUCAGACAGAACCAUUAUAUCGAUCUAUUUCCAAUCUUCUAAUUUAGAAUGUAUCAUUAAUGUCUAUAAAUGAAUCACUCUUGCUGGGUCAAAUCAAUUAUAGAGCAUAGAAAGCAUUCUCAAUCCUGUCUCGCUAUUUUAGUCUUUAAAAAUAAAGUCAACUGACUUCAGAGUAGAACCUCGACAAGAAUGAGUAUAUCAGGUAGUACUAUAGUUUUGCAGACAUCUUAUCAUGUGGUAUCAAUUAUAAGGUGAUUAAAAAUGUUACUUCAGAUUACUUAUUGUAUCUUUUGAACUAAAUCUAAGGUCAUUUACAAUCUGUUAGUGUUGUUAAUGAACCUCUGUAUAAAAUGAUUAAGAAUUCAGUGAAUCUGGAUUUUGGAUUUGUUACCAAAAAACAAGUAGAAUUGAUUGUAGGUCUAAACUCAUCCUUUGGAUAACCAAUUGGAGAUAGUCAGGAAAUAAAUAAUAUAUACAAGACUGCUACCAAUUAUUACAAGUUUUCGAUUACUAGAUUCAAAGAUAAUCCAUUCUAUCCUACUCCACAGUUUCCCAAAAACAGUACAGGGUAUUAGGUAGUGGAUCCAAAAUUAUAGGAAACUGGAAGUAGUAAAAAUUCCAAGUUAGGAGAGGAUGUUUCUUUUUCGUUUCCUAAAGUUCGGACCUUAUAGUCUAACACGUCUCUUGAAUGCAUUUCAUAAUUAUAAAAUGGUACUUGGGCUGUUGACAUCUGUAAAACAGUCAAAAAAGAGUUGGAAGUCAUUUGUAAAUGCGAUGAAUUGAGCCCUACAACUGUUAUGGAAUCUAUUGAUUAAAUCAUAGACAAAGGAAGCCAAAUUUUUUCAUCUAACACACUUGAUGCCUUCGCAACAUUUCCAUUUUAUAAGACUAUCAUUUUUUACUUUUACAUUGGAAUCACAGGGUUAUAUCUCACUAUUGUAUAUUGGGGAAUGAGGGUAGAUACUUAAAUAUUUUCCUAAAUAAAUAUUCAAUAAGAAUAAGGUGUUAAUUAACCGGAAGUCAAAAAUACAGUCGAAAGUAAAUUAAUCAAAAGAUAAGAUUCAAAAUAUACUAAGACUGGAUAGUUGAGAGACUCAUCGAUUGAAUAUUAACAUAACCUACCGUUAUUCAAAAGAAACAUGUUUGGAACAGGGCUAUCUUAUGGGGCUAUUAUUCUAAAUAAAUUAAAACCGAUUAACUUCUCAAAAUAACAAUCAAAUAUUAAAUAAGCUACUUUAGAAACUAAACCUGAAGAAAAGUCAAACAAAGAUCUUAACAAAAUUGAUUCACUAUUUAGUCAAUCUCAAGUAUUGCAAUCUACAAGAAUUAUUAAAUAAGGAUUAUUCAAUAAAUAAGAGGAACUUGUUAAAUAGGAUGAACCUCUUAAACAGGAGGAGGAACAAUCUAAGGAUUAGAAAUUGUAAAGGUAGCUCACUAUCUAAGAUAUUGGACUUAAAAGUAUGUUAUAUAAAUAGUUAAUCACCAAUUCUAAAGCAUUCAUUGAGUUUCUCAAAUUUUUCCACUAAAUUCUGCAAAUUUUUUAUAAAGAUGAUCCUAUCAAACCAAGAAGUUUGAGAGCAUCAAUUGUGUAUGUAAGUUUUUUAGGUGGAAUGGCUUUAAUAUAUGUAUUUUAACAGCCGAAUAACGUAAGCUUUACAAUUGCUAUAUCCGUUUUAACAGCUCCUGCAAAUAAGAUUUAUUAGAUUGUUUUAGAAAAAACAUUAUCUAAUAAAUCUAAGACGGUAAGAAUGAUUGGAGUUAUAAUAAUGAUUGGUGGUGCUGCUUUUAUUUCCUACAUUAUGUUAGCUGGUUUAGUGUUGAUGAAUUAAAUAGAGUAAUCAAAUUAAAUGAGUCUAAUUUUCAUAGGGGCAUUUGCUGUAGAUAAUUUAAUUUAUAGUCCAUUAUCCUUAUUAUUUACUUAUUUCAUUCACAUGGACAUAAUAAGAAUUCCAUUUCUCUAAACGAUUUUAUAAAAAAUCUUGGAUGAAAAAACUAAGGAGUUCUUAUUUGGAUUAGCAGAUAAUAUAAGAUAAAGUUGA